AUGGAUGGUCUGAACCAGUAUCUGUGGGUUAGAGACCUCAUGAAUGGUCUUAACCAGUAUCUGUGGGUUAGAGACCUCAUGAAUGGUCUGAACCGGUAUCUGUGUGUUAGAGACCUCCAUGAAUGGUCUGAACCAGUAUCUGUGGGUUAGAGACCUCAUAAAUGGUCUGAACCAGUAUCUGUGGGUUAGAGACCCCAUGAAUGGUCUGAACCAGUAUCUGUGGGUUAGAGACCUCAUGAUUGGUCUGAACCAGUAUCUGUGUGUUAGAGACAUCAAAUCAAAUCAAAUCAAAUUUUAUUGGUCACAUGCGCCGAAUACAACAGGUGCAGACAUUACAGUGAAAUGCUUACUUACAGCCCUUAACCAACAGUGCAUUUAUUUUAAACAAAAAAGUAAGAAUAAAACAACAACAAAAAAGUGUUGAGAGAAAAAGAGCAGAAGUAAAAUAAAGUGACAGUAGGGAGGCUAUAUAUACAGGGGGGUACCGUUGCAUAGUCAAUGUGCGGGGGCACCGACUAGUUGAGGUAAUAUGUACAUGUGGGUAGAGUUAAAGUGACUAUGCAUAAAUACUUAACAGAGUAGCAGCAGCGUAAAAAGGAUGGGGUGGGGGGGGCAGUGCAAAUAGUCCGGGUAGCCAUGAUUAGCUGUUCAGGAGUCUUAUGGCUUGGGGGUAGAAGCUGUUUGAGGAGUCUUUUGGACCUAGACUUGGCACUCCGGUACCCGCUUGCCGUGCGGUAGCAGAGAGAACAGUCUAUGACUAGGGUGGCUGGAGUCUUUGACAAUUUUGAGGGCCUUCCUCUGACACCGCCUGGUAUAGAGGUCCUGGAUGGCAGGGAGCUUUGCCCCAGUGAUGUACUGGGCCGUACGCACUACCCUCUGUAGUGCCUUGCGGUCAGAGGCCAAGCAGUUGCCAUACCAGGCGGUGAUGCAACCAGUCAGGAUGCUCUCGAUGGUGCAGCUGUAGAAUUUUUUGAGGAUCUGAGGACCCAUGCCAAAUCUUUUUAGUCUCCUGAGGGGGAAUAGGCUUUGUCGUGCCCUCUUCACGACUGUCUUGGUGUGUUUGGACCAUGAUAGUUUGUUGGUGAUGUGGACACCAAGGAACUUGAAGCUCUCGACCUGUUCCACUACAGCCCCGUCGAUGAGAAUGGGGGCGUGCUCAGUCCUCUUUUUUUUCCUGUAGUCUACAAUCAUCUCCUUUGUCUUGGUCACGUUGAGGGAGAGGUUGUUGUCCUGGCACCACACGGCCAGAUCUCUGACCUCCUCCCUAUAGGCUGUCUCAUCGUUGUCGGUGAUCAGGCCUACCACUGUUGUGUCGUCGGCAAACUUAAUGAUGGUGUUGGAGUCGUGCCUGGCCAUGCAGUCAUGGGUGAACAGAGAGUACAGGAGGGGACUGAGCACGCACCCCUGAGGGGCCCCCGUGUUGAGGAUCAGUGUGGCAGAUGUGUUGUUACCUACCCUUACCACCUGGGGGCGGCCCGUCAGGAAGUCCAGGAUCCAGUUGCAGAGGGAGGUGUUUAGUCCCAGGAUCCUUAGCUUAGUGAUGAGCUUAGAGGGCACUAUGGUGUUGAAUGCUGAGCUGUAGUCAAUGAAUAGCAUUCUCACGUAGGUGUUCCUCUUGUCCAGGUGGGAAAGGGCAGUGUGGAGUGCGAUAGAGAUUGCAUCAUCUGUGGAUCUGUUGGGGCGGUAUGCAAAUUGGAGUGGGUCUAGGGUUUCUGGGAUUAUGCUGUUGAUGUGAGCAAUGACCAGUCUUUCAAAGCACUUCAUGGCUACAGACGUCAGUGCUACGGGUCGGUAGUCAUUUAGGCAGGUUAUCUUAGAGUUCUUGGGCACGGGGACUAUGGUGGUCUGCUUGAAACAUGUUGGUAUUACAGACUCAGUCAGGGACAUGUUGAAAAUGUCAGUGAAGACACUUGCCAGUUGGUCAGCACAUGCUCGGAGUACACGUCCUGGUAAUCCGUCUGGCCCUGCGGCCUUGUGAAUGUUGACCUGCUUAAAAGUCUUACUCACAUCGGCUACGGAGAGCGUGAUCACAUAGUCGUCCGGAACAGCUGGUGCUCUCAUGCAUGCUUCAGUGUUGCUUGCCUCGAAGCGAGCAUAGAAGUGGUUUAGCUCGUCUGGUAGGCUUGUGUCACUGGGCAGCUCGCGGCUGUGCUUCUGAACCAGUAUCUGUGGGUUAGAGACCCCAUGAAUGGUCUGAACCAGUAUCUGUGGGUUAGAGACCCCAUGAAUGGUCUGAACCAGUAUCUGUGGGUUAGAGACCUCAUGGUCUGAACCAGUUAUCUGUGGGUUAGAGACCCCAUGAAUGGUCCUGAACCAGUAUCUGUGGUUAGGGGACCUCAGGGGUUAAACCCGAAGUAUCUGGGGGUUAGAGACCCCUAAAUUUGGUCUAAACCCAGUAUCUGGGGGUUUUAGAGCCCCUCUUUAAAAUGGUCUGAACCAUAUCUGGGGGUUAGAGACCUCAGGUCUAAACCCAGAAAUUUUUGUGGGUUGGGGAGACCUCAUGAAGGGUCUAAACCCAGUAUCUCUGUUUUGGAGAAAACAGGGUCUGAACCGGGAUCUGUGGGUUAGGGGCCCCCAAUAAAAUGGUUUUAAAACCAUAUCUGGGGGUUAGGGGCCCCAUAAAAGGGUUCUGAACCAGUAUCUUGUUUGGGGGGCCCUUUCAUGAAGGGUCGGGAACCAGUUUUGGGUUAGGCCCUAAUAAAAUGGUUAAACCCCAGAAAUCUCUGUGUUGAGACAUCAGGGUCUGAACCAGUAUCUUUUUUUUAAGACCCCAUGAAUGGUCUAAACCCAGUUCUGUGGGUUAGAGCCCUCAUAAAGGGUUUUGAACCAGUAUCUGGGGGUUUUUAGGGGCCUCAUAAAGGGGUUGAACCAAAAAUUUGGGGGGUUAGAGACUUUAAUAAUUUGGUCUUAACAAGUAUCUGUUGUUAGGAAUCAUGGUCUGAACCAUUAUCUGGGGGUUUAGGGCCUCAGGAGGGUCUGAACCAGUUUUGGGUGGGUUAGAGCCCUCAUGAAUGGUCUUAACCAUUAUCGGGGGGGUUUAAAGGACCUCAUGAAUGGUCUAAAACCAGUGCCCUGGGGGUUUAGAGACCUAAUAAUGGUCUAAACCAUAUCUGGGGGUUUAAAGAGACAAAAAGGGUUUGAACCAGUAUUUGGGGGUUUAGAGACCUCAUGAAUUUUUAACCAGUAUUUUGGUGGUUAGAGACAUCAGGGUCGAACCAUUUAUUUUUGUGGGUUGAGCCCUCAUGGCCCUGAACCAGUAUUGUGGGUUAGAGCCCCCAAUAAAUGGCCCUUUUUUUUGAACCAGUAUUUUGUGGGUUAGGGGACCCCUUUGAAGGGUUUCUGAACCAUAUCUGGGGGGGAGGGGACCUAAAUAAUGGUCUGAACCGGGUAUCGGGGGGGGUUAGAGACAUCAUGGUUGAACCAGAUCUUUUGGGGUUAAAGAGACCUUUUGGUUAACCAGUAUUUUGGUGUUAGGCCCUCAAAAAGGGGUUUUAAACCCCAAAAUCUGGGGGUUUAAAACGACCCCAAAAUUUGGUCUGAACCAGUAUGGGGGGGUUAGAGACCCAUGAAUGGUCUGAACCAGAUUUUGGGGUUAGAGACACCCAUAAAUUUGGUUUCUGAACCGGGAAAAAUUGGGGGUUGAGACAUAAUGAAUGGUUGAACCAAAACCCUCUGUUUUAGAGAAAUCAGGGUUAAAACAAGUUCUGUGGGUUAAAAGACCCCAUGAAUGGUUUUAAAACCAGUAUCUUUUGGGUUGGAGACCCAUAAAGGGUCUGAACCAGAAAACUGGGGGUUAGAGACCUUUAUGGGGGGUUUAAAACCCAGUAUCUGGGGUUUUUAGAGACAUAGGAAGGGUUUCUAAACCCAGUAUUUUGUGUUUAGAGCCCAUCUUUGGUCUGAAACCAAGUAUUGGGGGUUAGGGGACCUCAUGGCCCUAAAACCCAGUAUUUUGGGGGUUAGAGACCCCCAAAAAGGGUUUCUGAACCGGGAUCUGGGGGUUAGAGCCCUUUCAGAAGGGUUCUAAACCCAGUAUCUGGGGGUUUAGGGGACCUCAAAAUGGUCUGAACCAAAAUUUUGGGGGUUAAAGACCUCAAAAGGGUUGAACCGUAUCGGUGGGUUAGAAAAACCCCAUGAAUGGUCUAACCCGGGUUCUGUGGGUUAGAGACCUCAUGGUCUAUCCAGAAAUCUGUGGGUUAGGGGACUCUUUGCGGGAACAGAUCUGUAAAGUUGGGGGGGCCCUCAUAAAGGGUCUGAACCAAUUUACGGGGGGUUUGAGCCCCCUCUUUGGUCUGAUCCGUAUCUGUGGGUUGGGAGACAUCAUGGUCUAAAAACCGGGAUCUGUGGGUUGGGGACCCCUGAAUGGUCUAAACCAGUAUCGUGGGUUAGAACCUCAUUAAUGGUUUUUAACCCAGUAUCUGGGGGUUUAGGACAUAAAGGUUUCUAAACCGUAAGGUGUUAAGAGACCCCAUGAAGGGUCUAAAACCAAUUUAUUGGGGGUUAGGGACCUCUGUUUGGCCCUAAACCCAGUAUCGUUGUUAGGACAUAUGGUCUAAAACCAGUAUCGGGGGGUUUAGGACCUCAUAAGGGUUUUAACCCGGAAAUCUGUGUGUUGGGAAAAACCUCCAGAAUGGUCUAAAACCAGUAUCUGGGGUUAAAACCCCUCAUAAAUGGUCGAACCAGUAUUUUUGGGGGGUUAAGCCCCCCAUGAAUGGUUUUAAAACCAGUAUCUUUUGGGGUUGAGCCCCUCAUGAUUGGCCGGGAACCAUUACCCGGGUUUUUUAGAGACAUCAUGGUUGAACAGUAUCUGUGGGUUCGGCCCUAGGGUUCUGAACCAGUAUCGGGGGUUUAGAGACCCCAUGAAUGGCCCUAAACCGAUCGGGGGGUUGGGAAACCUCAUGGCCUAAAACCGAUCUGUGGGUUGGGAAAACCUCGGGUUUUAAAACCAUUUAUCUGUGGGUUAGGGGACCUCAUGGUCUAACCCCGAAAUUUUGUGGGUUAGGGACAUCAUAAUGGUUGAACCGUAUCGUGGGUUAGAAAACAUCAUAAAGGUCGGGAACCAGAUUCUGGGGGGUUAGAGCCCCCAUGAAUGGCCCUAAACCCAUUUAACUGGGGGUUAGGGGACCUCAAAAAGGGUUUCUAACCAGUAUCUUUUGGGUUAGAGACCCAUAAAGGUCUGAACCAGUAUCUGGGGUUAAAAAGGACCUCUUUGUUUGGGUUUGGGGAACCAAUCGGGGGGUUUUAGAGCCCAUCUUUGGUCUAAACCAUAUCUGUGGGUUGAGACCCCCAGGUCUAAAACCAGAAAACCCUGGGGGUUAGAGCCCCCAUAAUGGUCUAAACCAGUAUUGUGGGUUAAGACCUAAAAUGGCCUGAACCGGGAUCUGUGGGUUAGGGGACCUCAUGGUCUGAACCAGAAAUCGGUGGGUUAGAGACCUCAGGGUUUCUAAACCAGUAUCUUUGGGUUAGAGCCCUUUAAGGGUCUAAACCCAGUUUUUGGGGGUUAGAGACAUCAUGAAUGGUUUUAAACCCAGUUUCUGGGGGUUUAGGCCCCCAGAAGGGUCAAACCCAUUAUCGGGGGGGGUUAGAGCCUCAUAAAUGGUCAAACCCAAUUUAUCUGGGGUUAGAGACAUCAUAAUGGUCUCCAGAAAUUUUGGGGGUUUAGAACCUCUUUGAAUGGUCUAAACCAGUAUCUGUGGGUUAGAGCCCUCAUGAAGGGUCUAAAACCAGUUUCUGUGUUUUAAAGGGGCCUCAUGAAUGGUUUUAAACCAAAGUAUCUGGGGGUUUUCAAGGAAAUCAUGAAUGGCCCUGAACCAGUAUCUCUGUGUUAAAGACACAUGGUUGAACCAGUACGGGGUUAAACCCCAUAAAGGGUCCUGAACCUUUCUGUGGGUUGGGGACAAAAUGAAUGGUCUAAACCCCAGUACGUGUGUUAGCCCUAGGUUUUAAACCAGAUCUGUGGUUAGAGACCUCAUGGAGGGUUUCUAAAAACCGGGAUCUGGGGGUUUAAAGAGACCUCAAAAAAAGGGUCAAACCGUUCUUUUUUGGGGUUAGAGACCUCAUAAAAUGGUCUAAACCAGUGCCCUUGGGGUUUAGAGACCUCAUAAAAAGGGGGGGUCUGAACAUAUCUGUGGGUUAGGGGGCACUUUGGUUGAACCAGUCUUGGGUUAAAAGCCUUUCAUUGGAUGGUCUAACCAGUAUUGUGGUUAGGCCCCAGGAAGGGUCUAAACCCGGUAUCUUGGUUAGAGCCCCUCAUAAAUUUGGUCUAAAACCCGGGGUCUGGGGGGUUAAAAGACAUAAAUGAAUGGUGGAACCCAAAAUCUGUGGGUUAGGGGACCUAUAAAGGGUUUGGAACCAGUAUCGGGUAAUUUAGAGCCCUCAUAAAUUUUCAAACCAGUACUGUUUUUUAGGGGACCUCUUUGGUUAAACCAGUUUUCGGGGUUAGAGACAUCAUGGAUGGCCCUGAACCAGUAUUGUGGGUUUUAGAGACCCCAUGGAGGGCCCUAAACCCAGUAUCUGGGGGUUUUAAAAGCCCCUCAUGAAUGGCCCGGAACCGAAAUUGGGGGUUAGAGCCCCCCAAUAAAAAGGGUUUCGAACCAGAAACGGUGGGUUAGAGACCUCAUAAAUGGCCCUGAACCGUAUUGGGGGUUAGAGACCCUAAGGGGUUAAACCCAAAGGAUCUGGGGUUUUAGGGCCCCUAUGGAUGGUUUGAACCAGUAUCUGGGGGUUUAAAACCCUCAUAAAAUGGUCUGAACCAGUACGGGGGGUUUUGGGGGCAUCAGGGUCGAACCAGAUCUGGGGGUUUUAAGAGACCUCAUGGUCUAAACCCAAUAUCUCUGUUAGGGGACCUCAUGAAGGGCCCGAACCAGUAUCUGGGGGUUUAAGACCCCAUGAAUGGUCUAACCAAAAUUGGGGGUUUAGAACCUAUAAAUUUUUAAAAACCAGUAUUUUUGGGGGGUUAGGGGACAUCAUGAAGGGUUUUUCGGGAACCAGUACUGUGGGUUAGAGAAAUCAUGAAUGGUCUGAACCAGAUCUCGUUUUAGGGAAAAAAAAUGGCUGAACCAAUCUGGGGGGUUAGAGCCCCCAGGGAAGGGUUUGAACCAGAAAUCUGGGGGUUUUGAGACCUCAAAAAUGGUCUAAACCCAGUAUCUUUGGGUUAGAGACCCAGGGAAGGGUUUCUGAACCAGAAAUUGUGGGUUAGAGCCCUCAAAAUUUGGUCUAAACCAGUAUCUUUUGUGUUAAGACACAUGGCCCUGAACCAGUAUCUGUGGGUUUUAAGACCCCCAAUGGCCCCUGAACCAGUUCUGGGGGUUAGAGCCCCCUUCCUAAAUGGUUGAACCAGUAUUUUAAUGGGUUAGAGCCCUCAUGAAGGUCUAAACCCCAUUUAUCUUUUGGGUUAAAAGCCCUCAGAAUGGUUAAAACCAUUUUGGGGGGGUUUAAAGAGACCUCAGGGAAGGGUCGAACCAGUAUUUUGGGGUUAAGCCCCCAAUAAGGGCCCCGAACCGGGUAUCUGUGGGUUAGAAAACCUCAGGUCGGUUUCCAGUAUUGUGGGUUAGGGGAAUCAGGGUUUCCUGAACCAGUAUUUAGUUGGAAAAAAUGAAGGUCUGAACCAUUUUGGGGGGUUUUGGGGACCUCAUGGUUGUUUCCCCAGUAUUGUGGGUUAGAGACAUCUGGUCAAACCAGUACUGUGGGUUAGGCCCCCAAUAAAUUUGCCCUGAACCAUUUUAUUGUGGGUUAGAGACCCAUGAAUGGUUUUUAAACCAGUAUCUGUGGGUUAGGGGACAAUGGUCCUAAAACCGGGAUAUUGUGUUAGAGCCCCCAUAAAGGGUUUGGGAAACCAAAAUUUUUGGGUUAGGAACCUCAUGAUUGGUCUAAACCCCCUUUAAUCUGUGUGUUAGAAAACUCAUGGCUGAACCAGUAUCCUGGGGUUUUAGAGACCUCAUGAAUGGUCUAAAAGGGUUUAAAUCUGGGGUGUUAGAGACCCCCAUAAUGGUCUGAACCAGUAUCUGUGGGUUAGAGCCCCUCAUAAAUGGUUUAAAACAGAAUCGGUGGGUUAGGGGCCCCCAUGAAUGGUCUAAACCCAGAAAAUCGGGGGUUUAGAGACCUCUUUGGUUUGGGCGUCUAAACCAGUAUCUGGGGUUGGGGGAAAUCAGGGUCAACCAAAUAUCGGGGGGUUAGAGACCUCAUUUUCUAAACCCAAAUCUGGGGUUAAGCCCCCAAAAAUGGUCUAACAGUAUCUGGGGUUUGGGGCCCUCAGGGCCCUAAACCCCGUAUCUGUGGGUUAGGGGCCUCAGGGUCGAACCGUAUCUGGGGUUAGGACCCCCAUGGUCUGAACCAUUAUCUGGGGGUUUUAGAGACACAUGAAGGGGUCUGAACCAGUACUGGGUUUAAAGGAAAAUCAUGAAUGGCCCCUAAACCAGUUUUCGUGGGUUUAGGGGCCCCAUGAAUGGUCCCUAAACCCAUUAUUGGGGGUUUAGAGACCUCUUUAAAGGGGUCUGAACCAUUAUCUGGGGGUUUAAGACCCCUUUGAAGGGUUCGAACCAGUACCCUGUGGGUUAAGACCUAAAUGAUUGGUGUAAACCCGUAUCUGUUUUUAAAGAGACAUCAGGGUUUAAAAACCCAGUAUUCUGGGGGUUUAGAGACCUCAGGGGUCAAACCCAGUAUCUGGGGGGUUAGGACCCCAUAAAGGGUUCUAAAACCAGUAUCUGGGGGUUGAGCCCUCUUUGGCCUAAAACCAUUUAUCUUGGGGUUAGGCCUCAGGGUUUCUAAACCCAGAAAUCUGUGGGUUGGGAAGCCCCCUCAUGGUUAAACCGUAUCUGGGGUUAGGGGACAUCUUUGAAUGGUCUAAACCCAAAUAUCUGGGGGUUUUAAGCCCUCAUGAAUGGUCUGAACCAGAUUUGGGGUUAGAACCCCAUAAAUUUGGUUUCGGGAACCCAGUAUCGGGGGGGUUUAGAGACCCCAUGAAGGGGCUAAACCCAAAGUAUCUGGGGUUAGAAAACAUAAAAAUGGUCUAAACCCCGUAUCUGGGGGUUAGGGGGCCCCGGGAAGGUCGAACCAGACUGUGGGUUAGAAAAUUUCUUUAAAGGUCUAAAACCAGUAUCUUUGUUUUAGGCCUCAUGAAUGGUCUGACCAGUUUUUUGGGGGGUUUUAGAGAAAACAUGAAAUGGUCUAAACCCAGUAUCUCUGUUUUUAGAGCCCUAGGGGUCUAAAACCAGUAUCGGGGGGGGGUUAAGGACCCCAUAAGGUUUCCUGAACCGUAUCUGUGGGUUAGGGGGGGGCCAAUCAUGAAUGGUCUGAACCAAAAUCUUUUGUGUUGGGACAUCAGGGUUUAACCGGGUAUCGUGGGUUAAGACCCAUGGGGGCCCCUAAAACCCAGUUUUUUGGGGGUUAGAGCCCUCAUGAAGGUUUUUUUAACCAGUAUCUGGGGUUUUUAGGGCCCCUCAUGAAUGGUCUAAAAACCAGUGUUGUGGGUUAGAGCCCUCAAAAUUUUGGGGUUUCUGAACCGUAUUUUUGGGGGUUUAGAGACAUCUGGUUUAACAAAUUCUGUGGGUUAGAGACCCCCCUUGAGGUCAAACCCAAAGAUCUGUGGGUUAGAGACCCCAUAAUUUGCUUCUAACCCCCAUUUAUCUGUGGGUUAGAGACCUCAUAAGGGCCCUAACCCGUGCCCUGGGUUGAGCCCUCUUUAAUGGGGGGGAAUCAGAUCUGGGGUUAGAGACCUCAUAAAAUGGUUGAACCAUAUCUGUGGGUUUAAAGACCUAUGAAUGGUCAAAACCCCGUAUCGUGGGUUAGAGACCUCUUUGUCUGAACCAGUAUCGGGGGGGUUUAGAGACCCCUGGAUGGUUUUGAACCAGUACCCUUUUGGGUUAAGACCCCAUGGAGGUUGAACCCAGAAACCCUGGGGGGUUUAGGGGCCCCUCAAAAAGGGUCUGAACCAUUCUGGGGGUUUAGAGACCCCAUGAAUGGUCUGAAACCAGUAUCUGGGGUUUAG